UUUUCCCGCGGAAAUUUCUCAGGUUUUCGUUUUCCCUCAAAAUCUGAGAGAAACUCGUGGUUAAUUUACUAAAAGAUGCUCUCUGCUAAAGCGCCAAGUUCCGCCAUUGACACUGAAAAGCAUGUUCCUUUGUUCUUCAAUCUCUUCAAAGGUACUCAAACACUGCUCCUCUGUAUUUUCAUCAUCCUCUUAUUCUGUCAACAACUAUUACUUCUCAACGCUCUCUGCCUCUUGUGGAAAAAACCUAAUCCGCCACAUCUCCAAAGCGUUUCUCCAAGAGAACCUCCGACUCUUAGACCCUACCCUCGUCUCCAAAUUACAACCCAACCACGUAGAGCCCAUCCUCAUUGCCCUCCAAUCCAAGCCCAAUUCCGCUAUUCGGUUCUUCGAAUGGUCCAAGAACUCACUGGGCUCUCGCCACACCGUGCAAUCAUACUGUGGCCUUGUCCAUGUGCUGCUUUCUCACCGAAUUUUCGGUCACGCAAGACAGGUGUUUGAUGAAAUGCUCGAGCGUUUUGGCGACGAUUUGGGCAUUGUUGAUGCGUUUCAUGGUGGUUUUAGAUGCUAUGGUCCAAAUUUCAGUACCGUUUAUGGGUUUUUGGUUGAGAGUUAUUGUCGACAUGGGAUGUUUGAUCGGUCGGUCAAGACGCUUAAUUGUAUGUUGAAAAUGGGAAUUCCAGUGUCGCCUUCUGCGUUGUUUGGAAUAUUGAGUUGUUUGAUUGAUUUGAAUCGUAUUGAUUUGCUUAUUGAUAUCUAUGGAGAAAUGUGUAAGGCAUUGAGAGAACAAUGUUUUCGUGUGUAUGAGUUUGUUAUGGAUGGUUUUUUAAAGAAGGGUGACAUUGAAAAGGGUUUGAAUUUUCACCAGGUGGUCAUGGGGAGAGGCUUUGUGCAUGAUAUUAUUGCUUGUAACAAGAUUUUAAGGGGUCUUUGUAAUGAAAAGAAAGUAGGAGUUGCUUUCGAUUUCUUUGAUGUGAUACUAAUGGUUGGUCCGGAGCCAAAUGUGAUAACAUAUAGCACGUUGAUCAAUGCUUAUUGUAAGGAGGAAAGAUUGGAAGAGGCGUUUAGACUUUAUAAACUUAUGAUAGAGAGGGGUGUGAUUCCUGAUUUAGUUAUCUAUAGUAUUUUAAUUGAUGGUCUUUUGAGGGUGGGGAAAUUGAAGGAGGGAUGUUUGCUUCUCUCGGUGGCAUUAGAUAGAGGUAUUAAGUUGGAUGUGGUGGUUUUCAGCUCCAUUAUGGCUGCAUAUGUCAGAUUUGGAGAUUUGGGGAAGGUAAUUGAGGUCUAUAGAAGAAUGGUGAAGGAGGGGAUAUCACCAAACAUGGUUACUUACAGCAUUCUUAUUAAUGGGUUGUGUCAAAAUGGUAAGCUUGUGGAGGCUUCUGGGGUAUUCGGUCUGAUGGUGAAGUGUGGCUUUGAGCCAACUGUUUUGACUUUUGCUAGUUUGAUUGAUGGAUUAUGCAAAUCAGGAAAUUUGAGAGACGGGUUUUAUCUGUAUGAGAGUAUGAGAAAGAAUGGCUAUGAACCUGAUGCUAUUGUUUGUAGUGUGCUAAUUAAUGGUCUUUGCAAAAAAGGGCUGAUGGCUGAUGCUCUUAGGUUCUUCUUUCAGGCUGUGUACAGGGUGUUAAAACCUAAUGUCUUUAUUUUUAAUACGUUGAUUGAUGGCUGCUGUAGAUUAAAAAGACUAAAGGAUGGUGUGAAGGUGUACAUGCAAAUGGAGAUGUAUAAUAUAAAACCAGAUGUAGUUACUCAUACCGUGCUCAUUAGAGGGAUCUUUGAGCUAGGGAGAAUGAAUGAUGCAUUGUGUUUCUUCUUCCAAAUGUUAAAGAGGGGUUUCUUGCCAGAUGUUGUAACAUACUGCACCCUAAUUGAUGGUUUCUGCAGGCAGAAAAAUAUAUUUGCUGGAUUGCAGAUUUUUGAGAUGAUGCUGAGGAAUGGCAUAAUUCCUGAUAUUGCCAUAUAUAACGUCCUCAUUAAUAUGCUUUUCAAAGAAAGUCAUGCAGAAGCUGCAUUGGAACUCUUUGGUAAAAUUAACCAAAGGGGGCCAGAACCGGAUAUUGUAACAUACAACACAAUGAUCUGUGGAUUUUGCUCUUUGAAAAAGUUGGAUGAGGCAGUUCAACUUUUUGGAAAGCUGACAUGUGGAAAAAUUGGAAAAAUUGAACCUAAUGCCAUUACUUUUACUAUCCUAAUUGAUGCCUUCUGUAAAGAAGGUAGAAUGGCCGAUGCGAUGCAGAUGUUCGACAAAAUGUUGGAAAAGGGUCCAGAACCUAAUGUGGUCACGUACAGUUGCUUAAUAGAUGGCUACUUUAAAUCUCAAAACAUUGAAAGUGCCUUUGAGCUUCAUGAGGAGAUGCUUAGAAAUGCCUCUCCAAAUAUAGUUAGUUACAGCGUCCUCAUUGACGGUCUAUGCAAAAGGGGACUAGUGGAGGAAGCAUUGCGUGCAUUUUAUUGUGCUAUUAACAGGUGUUUGGUGCCUGAUAUUAUAGCAUAUGGAAUUUUAAUUCGUGGUUACUGCAAGGUUGGAAGAAUAGCUGAAGCCAUGAUGUUGUAUGACCGUAUGUUAAUAAACGGCAUCGAGCCAGACGAUUUCAUACGGAGAACAAUUGCAGAGAAUUUUCCGCAAAACAGGCAAUCAAAUUAUUUUUGAACUCAACCACUGGAUAUGCAGAUAAGAUCUUUUCUAUGAUAGUCUCCUGUUGGUGUCAGCAUGGUCACUAUUUGUUUAUCCAGUACCACCUACUAGGUUGGUUUCGUUAGUUCUGAAAGCUGUUGGAAUUCAGGCUGGAGCCAGACUGGAUUAAAGGUGGUAACAAGUUGGUGAGAACCGAGGCAGCAAGACAUAAUUCAAGAAGCUUUGAGGCCUAGUAAGAAAGAUGGAAAUUGAGAAUUGGCUGGCAUUGAUAAUUGUCAAUGAAAGUGACUGAUGGCGUGAUGUAAUCAAACUUAUGUAUAUCUUAGAGAAUUGAAUGGCCAUAUGCAAAGCAUAAAAGGAAGGACAGGUAAUAUAUAUGAGGUCACCCCUUGGGUGCAAACUGGGCCAGCCCGCCGGCAAAGGCCGGAGUAUUAUCCCAUCUGUGUGGAGGGGGCACUUUACACGGUCCGAGGUUUACACGACAGGGGUUGAAAGAGAAGAUGGUUCAGUGCGAUGCAUGAUUCGUCUGAUUUAAAAAUAUCAGGUAAUCCAAUUUUCUAUCAUUUAGCCAACAGGAGUGUUGGGGUUUCAUGUUAUCUGCAAUAUUCCAUUAAGUGCAUAGUGGGGGAGAGUUUUUCACUGUCCUUGCCACUAGUUCUUGGAUAAUUCAAGUAUCAUUUGCCUUCAGCAUUGAGAAUUUUGUAUGAGCUGUUAAAAGAUAUCUACUUACAGUGGGAAGGAUCCCCAUAUAUACCCCUUCCCUUUUAUUUGUAUUUGCUCAAAAGAAGAAGAAGAAGAAGAAGAAGAAGAAGAUAUCUACUUACAGAUUAUGAAGGUGCUUGUGCAUAGCCUGUAUUUGCAUUGGAAUCAAAGGUUUCGAUUGUUGGUUUAGAUAUAGGAUACAUAAAAGUU